AUGAACCAGCUUAUUGGCGGGCUGAGCGGAACCAAGGUCGGGUGUUCAGUCGAUGGCACAAUGAUAAAUAAUAUCAGUUAUGCGGACGACAUGGUCCUGCUGUCCCCAUCAGUCAAUGCGCUCAGGAAGCUUCUCUACAUAUGUGAAUCAUACGCCCAGUCGCAUGGACUCAAAUAUAAUGCCAGCAAAAGUGUUCUCAUGGUAUUUAAAGCAGGGAACAAGGCGCCUUCGAAUGUGCCGCCAAUUAAAAUCGCAGGGUCGGCACUAGAGAGGGUGUCCAAGGUGAAAUAUUUGGGUCACAUGCUGACGGAGACGCUACUGGAUGAUGAGGACUUAGAGAGAGAAAGGAGGGCGUUGGCAGUCCGCUGCAAUAUGUUGGCCCGCAGAUUCGCACGGUGUACCACAGAUGUAAAACUAUUACUCUUCAGAGCCUUCUGUCAGUCAUUUUACACGUGCAGUCUGUGGAUCAGAUUUACGAGGCGGGCUUAUAAUGCCCUGCGUGUGCAGUACAAUGAUGCAAUGAGGGCAGUGUUGAGGAAACCCAGGUGCUGCAGUGCUUCCGCAAUGUUUGCGGAUGCUUCCAUCGAUGAUUUCUUCUGCAUCAUUCGAAAAAGAACUGCAUCAAUGAUGAGCAGGGUACGUUCAAGCGCCAAUGCUGUCCUCAGAACGUUGGCUUACAAAAUAGACAGUCCGUUUAUUGUGUACUGGGCCAGUGUACACUUGCUUAGAAAUAAGAAAUAG